UGUUUCCUUGAAAUACUCUUUUAUAUUAUUAUUAUGAGGUUUUGAUGAAUUUAUAUGGGGGAGGGAAUUGGGAAAUCAAUGAGGAACACUAUUACUCCUGUGAACCAACCAAGAUUCAUCCAUCCAGCCAGGGAUUUUUGUGAAGAAAUACCAGUUUUCUUCCCAACUACCCAAUAUAUAUAUGUAUAAUAUUUUUCAUUAUUUUUUCACUCUAUUAAUUAAUGUUUUUGAAGUCAACUUUGUGGACUGUUUGCUGCAAGUUGAUGGAAUCCCAUCUUUGUUGAGAAGGGAAAAUGUCAAACACUCUUGUGAGUAAGAGAAAAAGACAGCAACUUUAAGAACAUAUUUUGGUUGGAUAAACAUGGGGGCUUUUGUUCUUUUCUUCUAUUGUUAUGACCAAUAAUUGUUGGUCAGAUGGGCUGGAUGUUUGAAUCCUAGAAACCCCUUUUCUUGGCUUUGUUGCAGACAAUCUUUGUUUCUGUCUGUGUAGUCAAUUCUUUGUGGGGUUGUGCUUGUCCCUCUCUUGAGUAUCUUUCAUGUAGUUCUUGAAAAGGGAGGUGUUUUUUGGGCUGGAACUCUGUGUUUGAAAUCAUGGGAGGCAGUUGUUUUGUUGGUAUUCUGUUCUUGAUUCUGCUGCAAUUUCUUGAUUCUUGUUCUGGUCUCCCUCUGUGUACUGAUUCAAGAGCACCCUUUAUUCCAAGCUCUCAUCUGCAGUUCUGUCCCUAUAAUGGCACCUCAUGCUGCAACGACACCGACGAUUUGAGUAUAAAGAAGCAGUUUGAAUCAAUGAACAUUUCAGAUCCCGGCUGUGCUUCUCUCCUUAAAUCUAUCCUUUGCGCGAGGUGUGAUCAAUUUUCAGCCGAGCUUUUCAGAGUCGGUUCUGCUCCUCGAGCAGUACCCGUGCUGUGUAACUCUACGGUUUCAGCAAACUCAACGCAGUCUAACGAAGCUAGAAACGACUACUGUUCUCAAGUAUGGAGCACUUGCCAAAAUGUCUCUAUAUUGAACUCACCCUUUGCCGCUUCAUUGCAAGGCAGAGCUGGAGCGCUGAGAAACUCCAACUCCACAAAACUGACGGAUCUAUGGCAAUCACAAACAGAUUUCUGUAACGCUGUCGGCGGUGCAUCCAAUGACGGAGCGGCGUGCUUCACUGGUGCGCCCGUUACACUAAACAGUACUGGAACUCCGAGCCCUUUGAGUGGUAUGUGCCUAGAGAAAAUAGCCAACGGAUCUUAUCUCAACAUGGCUGGUCACCCGGACGGCUCAAACCGUGCCUUUUUCUCGAACCAGCAAGGGAAGAUUUGGUUGGCAACUAUUCCCAAAGAGGGAUCAGGCGGGACAUUGGAGCUCGAUGAGGCCGACCCUUUUCUAGACCUAACAGAUGAAGUUCAUUUUGAUACUGAGUUAGGACUUUUGGGGAUUGCAUUUCAUCCAAGAUUCACAGAGAACGGUCGUUUCUUCGUUUCAUUUAACUGUGACAGGGCGAAGUGGCCGAACUGUGCAGGCAGGUGUGCGUGUAAUUCUGAUGUGAACUGUGAUCCAUCAACGCUAGAUCCUGACAAUGGUGCACAGCCUUGCCAGUAUCAAAGUGUUAUAGCAGAGUAUACGGUCAAUGGCACCGCAUCCCAGCCUUCCUCGGCAACAAGUGGUAUCCCUUCAGAAAUCAGAAGAAUAUUCACCAUGGGACUUCCAUUUACAUCACAUCAUGCAGGCCAAAUUCUUUUUGGACCCAAUGAUGGCUAUUUAUACUUCAUGAUGGGAGACGGUGGGGGUGUAGGCGAUCCAUAUAACUUUUCACAAAACAAGAAAUCUUUACUUGGGAAGAUAAUGAGGUUUGACAUCGACAAGAUCCCAAGUGCAGCUGAAAUUGGACAGCUUGGUCUUUGGGGAAACUAUUCUAUUCCAACGGACAACCCUUACACUGUAGACAAAGAAUUGCAGAAAGAAAUAUGGGCUCUAGGACUACGAAAUCCUUGGCGCUGCAGUUUCGACUCUGCCAGGCCGUCAUACUUUGUGUGUGCAGAUGAUGGACAGGAUAGAUACGAAGAGGUCGAUUUGAUCACCAAAGACGGAAACUACGGAUGGCGUGUUUAUGAAGGCCCUUACCUCUAUACUCCUCCUCAGUCACCUGGAGGAAAUACUUCAGUAGACUCGAUCAGGCCAAUCUUCCCCAUUAUGGGAUAUAAUCACUCGGAUGUAAACUCAAACGAGGGCUCAGCAUCGAUCAUUGGUGGCUACUUCUAUAGGUCCAUCACCGAUCCUUGUAUGUAUGGAAGGUACUUGUUUGCAGAUCUUUAUUCCGGUCCAAUAUGGGCAGGCACAGAGAACCCCGUCAACAGUGGCAACUUCACAAGUACUAGGAUUCCAUUUAACUGUGCCCGCAACUCGCCUAUAAGCUGCACGUUUACUCCUGGGAGUCCACUUCCGGCCUUGAGUUACAUUUUCUCAUUCGGGGAAGAUAACAACAAGGAUGUCUACCUCCUCACGAAUAGCGGAGUUUACAGGAUCGUUCGCCCCAGUCGUUGCAACUACAAGUGUGCAAAAGAAACCCCAUCAACGGCUACGUCCCCCGCCUACGUCCCGUCCCCCGGCCCAGCCACUUCUCCCCCUCCUUCAAAAGCAAGCCCUUUGAGAGGUCCAUGUGAGACUGUUCUGCUUCUCUUGAUUUCAUUUUUGUGCUUGUUUGUGGUGAAUUGUGUCUAAAUUGCUGUAAACUUGUCUCAUUAGAGCACUGAGUUAAUGUUGCAAUAUUCUUCCACACUUCGCAUUCUUUGUGAUUAUUA